CAAUGACACACACAUAUAGGUAACCAGGGUAUACGGGUGUAAGGAGAAGGAAACACUGCUAACUAACGAGUGCUUCAGAAUUAGGAUGUGAGAACAAAUUUGCGAACCCUAAUUCCUUCGUUUCCCUUUUCCAUGGCGUCCCAAGGCAAGAGAGGCGGAGUGUCGCUUCCUGACAGGUCCAGCUAUUCCAGCUCCGUACUCGCCAAGAUCUCGCGCUCCUCCAUCGUCGUCCGGGGCAAGGAGGCCGCCGGUGACGCCAUCUUUGUGGCGAAGAAGCUCCUGCGGAGCACCGGCAAGGCGGCCUGGAUCGCCGGCACCACCUUCCUCGUCCUCGUUGUCCCUCUCAUCGUGGAGAUGGACCGCGAGCAGCAGCUCAACGACCUUGAGCUCCAACAGGCCAGUCUCCUUGGCACCCCUGCCCCCAAAUAAAAGCGAGGUUUUCUUCCUUCCAUUUGAAACCUGCAUGCGCUUUUCCUUCUAGAGUUCCCGCUUUCAAUAAUUUUACCUUUCUAGAUUUUGAUAAAAAGAAACACUUUCUGUAAGAAUUUUUUGUGUAGGAUUGAUAUUGUCAUUAGUUGUUCCAAUUGUAAUUUACCUGCUGUUUCUAGUAGAAUGAUUCUGUUUCACUAUGCAUUGAGCUGAGUUAUUUUUUGUGAUGAA